UAGAAAUAAAUCUUUAGAUGUCUGUGCACGAUAUUUUAUCAGUCUCACUCUGCUAAAUAUGUUGACAAGUCUGUGAAUUUCACAGCUGAUUACUGUAAUUGGUGUAGGAAUUGUUUCCGUAUUUUUUGAUAAUGAUUAUUUUUUCAAAAGACAGGAAAGGUAUCCUUUAUUAAUUCUAAUUAAAUGAGAGGCUUUUAUUUUUAAAAGUAAAAGAUUAUAAAAAGUAGCCGCUAUGCAAACUACAACAGAUCAUUCUGUACUACCAUCUAAGUUUUCAGCGGGACCUAAAGGUGUGGGUGAUCCUAAUGAUACUAGUUUAAGGAAAGUAGAAACAGAAGUCCUAAUACCAAAACUUAUGAGGGAAAAAGCAAAAGCUGAAAAGUGUGUAGAAGAAGUCUCACAAUUUAAUGAAUGUUGCAAAAAUUCUUCAAUAUUAAUGGUUUAUAAGUGUCGAAAUGAAAACAAUACAAUGAAAACAUGCUUAGGAAAUUGGUAUAAAAAUGAAGAGUUCAAAAAAAUAUGCACAGAAGAAUAUCUAAAAGAACGUAGUGAAUAUCGAAGAACAGGAAGUAAAAAACCAAUAAAGAGGGCAUAAAAUAUGUGUACAAUGUUGAAAUAAGAAAAAUAAAAUUUAUUAGUCUC